AUGCAUAAGUUUCUGUUGAUCGCGUCUGGUCUCCUGACCCUGGCGGCUGCCAGGGCGCCCGUCGGCAUGGUGGAGCCCCUGCAGGACUACCACGAGACUGUGGGGAUUCCCCUGGCGAGCAGGAUCAAGGAGGCAGAGGACGCGAUCAUGAUGGGCUCCAGUCGUAUCGAGAGAAUCGUCGGCGGUGCCAUCGCUCCCACCAACGCUCAUCCAUACUUGGCCGGCUUGCUCAUCACGUUCUCGAACCACCCCGGCACCUCCGCUUGCGGCUCUUCACUCGUCUCCGCCAACCGGCUGGUGACCGCCGCCCACUGCUGGUUCCACAGCCUUCAAGCCAACCAGUUCGUGGUGGUGCUCGGCUCCGCGUACCUGUUCUUCGGCGGCACCAGGAUCGCCACCUCCCAAGUUAUCAUGCACCCCCAAUACAACCCUAGUCUCCUUCUCAACGACGUUGCAAUGAUAUACCUCCCAACGAACGUUUUCUUCUCAAACAGCAUCCGGGCCAUCGCUCUGCCGAGUGGCAACGAACUGUGGGACAGUUUCAGCGGCCAAUGGGCGGUUGCCGCAGGCUAUGGGAAGACCAGUGAUCAGCAAGUCGGCGUGUCGGUGAACACGAUGGUGAGCCACGUGCAGCUCCAGGUCAUCACCGUGGCCCAGUGCCAGGCGGUGUUCGGUUUCUGGGCGCAGCCGAGCAACAUCUGCACCAGCGGCACAGGCGGCGUCGGCAUCUGCAGCGGGGACUCCGGUGGGCCCCUGGUCAUCCAUCGCAACGGGCGCAAUAUACUGGUUGGCAUAAGCUCCUUCGUAGCCUCGGCCGGCUGCGAGCUUGGUCACCCUUCGGCCUUCGCAAGAAUUACCAGCUUCCACAGUUUCAUCACCCAACACAUG